AUGGCGCUGUUGGACGCUCGCGUCGACGUCGACUUCAGUGACUGACUGACAGAGAGCCGUCACCCUCCCCAACCGUAUGAAGCCGAGCACGGUGCGAGGACGCCCGCGUCGCUUGUGAACGUUCGCCCGCUUUCAGUGUGGUACGGUGGAUGUGUUUGUCUCCGCCGCCGCCGAGCCUCAGCUUGUAAGGCAGGUAGGUGCGAGACACCCGUUCCCGUCCUCUCCUCCAAAGAGAGGGCUGGGAAAAUGUCGAGCGAGAAGCCGCUUUCGGCACCACCGGGCUCGGCUUGCUCGCUGGCGGCCGCCGACUGCUCCUCACCAUCACCACCACCACCACCCGGACCGCCGCCGCUGCCUCUUCCGGGGGACAGGAUGCCGUCGUCAGCCGCCGGCUCCGUGGUGCUGCCGGCCGGCGUCAUCAACCCCGCCGUCCCCAUCAGGAAUAUCCAGAUGAAAUUCGCCGUGCUGGUGGGCCUCAUCCAGGUCGGCGAGGUGAGCAACCGGGACAUCGUGGAGACUGUUCUCAACCUGUUGGUGGGCGGCGAGUUUGACCUGGAGAUGAACUUUAUCAUCCAGGAGGCGGAAAGCAUCGGCUGCAUGGUGGAGCUGCUGUCGCACUGUGAGGUGACGUGCCAGGCGGAGAUCUGGAGCAUGUUCACUGCCAUCUUGCGCAAGAGUGUACGCAACCUUCAAACCAGUACGGAGGUUGGCCUCAUCCAGCAGGUUCUGCUCAAGAUGAGCACAGUGGACGAUAUGAUUGCAGACCUGCUGGUGGACAUGUUGGGUGUAAUGGCCAGUUACAGUAUCACAGUCAAAGAGCUCAAGCUGCUCUUCAGCAUGCUGAGGGGCGACAACGGUAUCUGGCCCAGACACGCCAUCAAGUUGUUGUCGGUGUUGAAUCAGAUGCCUCAACGUCACGGCCCCGACACCUUCUUCAAUUUUCCCGGACGCAGUGCGGCGGCCAUCGCUUUGCCGCCCAUCGCCAAGUGGCCGUACCAGAACGGCUUCACCAUCAACACGUGGUUCCGCCAAGAUCCGCUCAACAACAUCAACGUCGACAAAGACAAGCCGUACCUUUACUGCUUCCGCACCAGUAAAGGGAUCGGCUACUCUGCUCACUUUGUGGGCAACUGUCUGAUCGUGACCUCCCUCAAGUCCAAAGGAAAAGGCUUCCAACACUGCGUCAAAUAUGACUUCCAGCCGCGGAAGUGGUACAUGAUCAGCAUCGUGCACAUCUACAACCGCUGGAGGAACUCUGAGAUCCGCUGCUACGUCAACGGUCAGCUGGUCUCCUACGGCGAUAUGGCCUGGCACGUCAACACCAACGACAGCUACGACAAAUGCUUCCUGGGCUCCUCGGAGACGGCCGACGCCAACCGAGUGUUCUGCGGUCAGCUCGGUGCCAUCUACGUCUUCAGCGAGGCGCUCAACCCCGCUCAAAUCUUUGCCAUACACCAACUUGGACCUGGAUAUAAGAGCACGUUCAAGUUCAAGUCCGAGAGCGACAUCCACCUGGCCGAGCACCACAAGCAGGUUCUGUACGACGGCAAGCUGGCCAGCUCCAUCUCCUUCACAUACAACGCCAAGGCCACCGACGCGCAGCUCUGCCUGGAGUCCUCACCGCGAGAGAACGCCUCCAUCUUUGUGCACUCGCCGCACGCCCUCAUGCUGCAGGACGUGAAGGCCAUCGUGACGCAUUCCAUCCACAGCGCCAUCCACUCCAUCGGCGGCAUCCAGGUCCUCUUCCCGCUCUUUGCCCAGCUGGACUAUAAGCAGCUCAACGACGCCGCUGUGGACACCACCGUGUGUGCCACGCUGCUCGCCUUCUUGGUGGAGCUGCUCAAGAGCUCGGUUGCCAUGCAGGAGCAGAUGCUGGGAGGCAAGGGCUUCCUGGUCAUCGGAUACCUGUUGGAGAAGUCGUUGAGGGUCCACAUUACUCGGGCAGUUCUGGAGCAGUUCUUGUCCUUCGCCAAGUACCUGGACGGUUUGCCCCACGGGGCGCCGCUCCUCAAGCAGCUGUGCGACCACGUGUUGUUCAACGCCGCCAUCUGGAUACACACGCCUGCCAAGGUUCAGCUGUCUCUGUACACCUACCUGUCGUCUGAGUUCAUUGGCACGGCGACCAUCUACACGACCAUCCGCCGUGUGGGCACCGUUCUGCAGCUCAUGCACACGCUCAAGUACUACUAUUGGGCCGUGAACCCGCUAGACUGCAGCGCCAUCACACCCAAAGGCCUCGAUGGACCUCGGCCUUCCCAAAAGGAGAUCAUCUCUCUACGGGCCUUCAUGCUCCUCUUCCUCAAGCAGCUCAUAUUAAAAGACCGGGGUGUCAAGGAGGACGAACUGCAGAGUAUUCUCAAUUACCUGUUGACCAUGCACGAGGACGAGAACAUCCACGACGUGCUGCAGCUGCUGGUGGCGCUUAUGUCUGAGCAUCCGGCCUCCAUGAUUCCCGCCUUUGACCAGAGGAACGGCAUAAGGGUGAUCUGCAAGCUGUUGGCUUCCAAGAGCGAGAGUAUUCGAGUACAGGCCCUCAAAGUACUCGGAUACUUCCUCAAGCACCUCGGUCACAAGAGAAAGGUAGAGAUCAUGCACACUCACAGUCUUUUCACGCUGCUUGGCGAGCGUCUGAUGAUGCAUACCAACACCGUGUCCGUCACCACCUACAACACACUCUACGAGAUCCUGACGGAGCAGGUGUGCACGCAGGUCGUCCACAAGCCGCACCCUGAACCGGACUCCACCAUCAAGAUCCAGAAUCCCAUGAUCCUGAAGGUUGUCGCCACGCUCCUGAAGAAUUCCUCCUCCAGCGCCGAGUUGAUGGAAGUCAGAAGACUUUUCCUCUCUGACAUGAUCAAACUUUUCAGCAACAGCAGAGAAAACAGACGCUGCCUGCUGCAGUGCUCGGUGUGGCAGGACUGGAUGUUCUCGCUGGGCUACAUCAACCCGAAGAAUCCUGAGGAGCAGAAGAUCACCGAAAUGGUCUACAACAUCUUCAGGAUCCUGCUUUACCACGCCAUCAAAUACGAGUGGGGCGGCUGGAGAGUCUGGGUGGACACGCUCUCCAUAGCGCACUCAAAGGUGACAUACGAGGCCCACAAGGAGUACCUGGCCAAGAUGUACGAAGAGUACCAGCGUCAGGAGGAGGAGAACAUGAAGAAAGGCAAGAAAGGCUCUGUGUCCACCAUCUCGGGCCUCUCUGCCUCUCCGGCACCCGUCGUCAACGGCAACCUGGAAAUGGACGACACCUCACAGACGCCAGAGAGUGAGGCCGAGUAUAGUGAGGGUGGCGGCGGGGCUGGGGGUGACUCAUCCCGCAACCUACUGGCCGACGGCGCCGUUAAGCGGGUCGACGCCGAGCAGGGUGCCGGUGUGAGGGUGGAGGUCCACGACCUGCUGGUGGACAUCAAAGCCGAGAAGGUGGAGGCCACUGAGGUGAAGCUGGACGACUUGGACUUGAGUCCUGAAGCCCUUGGUGGGGGUGGCGGAGGAGGCGGGAGUGGGUCCAUGGAGAAUGGACCUCUGGUGGAGGUGGACUCGCUCUUGGACAGUACCUACUGCACUGUGGUGCAGAACCUCAAUGGCACCCUGGUGCCCAAAGAUGACGGUGCCACCGUGCCGGCGGGGGUCCGCGUGCCGCCCAGUUUGGGCCUCUCAGGUGUCAGCAUGGAUGACGACGGCAUCAUGGGCCCCCUCAUCACGCUGGCCGAUGAGAAAGACAGUGUACCCAACAACAACGGAUUCCUCUUCAGCAAGGUUGACGAGAAGCUCCUUCCCGCUCUGGCGGCCACUGAUGCCCUGGUCCUUCCCGGUCCGGAUCAGUCCGCUACGCCCGGCGCAACCAGCGCCAGCGAUGACCUCAGCCUGCUGGCCCACAUGACCAGCUGCAGCUCAGCCGGCGAUCUCCCAGAGGACGGGCCCUUCAAGAUUCAGAGCCCGCUGGCCGACAUCAGCUCCAUCGCCGAGGCCCGAAACCAGAUGGCGUCUCGGCCCGACUUCCCCGAAGGAGACGGGGUGGACAGGGCGACCGGCACCGACGGCGAGGCGGCGGCUCUCAAGGCAGGUGGCGGAGGAGGGGAUGUGGCCAGCGUCACAUCUGAUACCGAGAGGUCUGAUGAUGGCAAAGACAAAAAGAUAUCAACCACUGCAACCACACAGGCUCUGCACGGCCGCAGCGCCUCUCAGCUGGAGCGAGAUCUCCGUGUGGAUCUGGGCUUCAGGGGGAUGCCCAUGACGGAGGAGCAGAGGCGCCAGUUCAGCCCUGGGCCGCGCACCACCAUGUUCCGCAUCCCAGAGUUCAAAUGGUCGCCCAUGCACCAGAGACUGCUCACUGACCUGCUCUUUGCACUGGAGACCGACGUGCACGUGUGGAGAAGCCACUCCACCAAGUCAGUGAUGGACUUUGUCAACAGCAAUGAGAACAUCAUCUUUGUGCACAACACCAUCCACCUCAUCUCCCAGAUGGUGGACAACAUUAUCAUCGCCUGCGGGGGCAUCCUGCCGCUCUUGUCUGCCGCCACCUCGCCCUCCACUUCUAAGAGUAGUGCCAGCAGUACUGAGCUGGAGAACAUCGAGGCGACGCAGGGCAUGUCGUCGGAGACGGCCGUCACCUUCCUGUCGCGGCUGAUGGCCAUGGUGGACGUGCUGGUGUUCGCCAGCUCGCUCAACUUCAGCGAGAUCGAGGCCGAGAAGAACAUGUCCUCCGGCGGCCUCAUGAGGCAGUGCCUGAGACUGGUGUGCUGCGUGGCGGUGAGGAACUGUCUGGAGUGCCGGCAGCGGCAGCGGGACCGCAACUGCAAGUCGUCUUUAACCGGCAGCAAGUCGCAGGACGCCCUUCACGCCAGCGCAGCCGCCAGCAAGGACCCGGACCGACUCCUGCAGGACGUGGACAUCAACCGGCUACGUGCUGUGGUUUUCAGAGACGUGGAUGACAGCAAGCAAGCUCAGUUCCUGGCUCUGGCCGUGGUCUACUUCAUCUCGGUGCUGAUGGUGUCUAAGUACCGAGACAUCCUGGAGCCUCAGCGGGAGAUCAGCAGGUCCACCAGCCUGUCCGGACGUAGCAUCCGACACGAGAUUAACUCGCCCACCAGCACAGAGCACCCGUCUUCAGCCUUCUCCGACCGCGACAAGCAGACGCCCACCCCCGUGGACGACUCCCCCCGCGCUGGCCUGCCCCACACGGACUCGGGUAUCGGCGAGGAGGGCCACGUGAGCGGCUCCAUCAACGGCUCCGAGAUGGGCCUGGGGCUCGGCCUGGGCCUGGUGGGGCGGGAAACGGACAGGGACAGGGAUCGGGACGUGGGCGGCGGCCAGGCCGAUCUGCUGUGUAGUCUCUCCGACGUCAGGAGGUCACAGGAGAGCCUUCUGGACUCCCCCCACAACCCCAACGCUGGACAGGCGCCCCCUUCAUCUAUUUCCAGCAUCAGCCAGACCAAUAAAGGCAUCAACGUUAAGGAGAUCUUAAAGAGCCUGGUGGCCGCUCCGUUGGACGGCGGAGAGUCGGGCCAAGAGUCCGGCCCGACGCCGUACCACCCCGAUCCCGCCCUGAAAACCCACCCCAUGCUGCCCAUGCAGUUCCACUCCUUUGACAGGAGUGUUGUGGUUCCUGUGAAAAAGCCGCCGCCCGGCAGCCUGUCUGUCAACACGGUGGGCACGCCCACCACCGCGGGCGCCGCCACGGCAGGCAGCACACCGAACAUCUUCGCCGCUGCCACGGCCACGCCCAAGAGCAUGAUCAACACUACAGGCGCAACAGACUCCGCGUCGUCCUCAUCAUCUUCGUCGUCAUCAUUUGUGAACGGCGCCACUAGCAAGAAUCUGCCGGCCGUCCAGACGGUGGCGCCCAUGCCUGAAGACGCCGUAGAGAACAUGAGUGCCUAUUGUGAGGUGGCGCAGUGUGCGUUGCGCAGCGGUCAGACACCCCCUGAGCUCAAGUCUUUUAGCUCUCUGGCAGGCUUCCAGGCAGCCCCCCGAGAUGCAGGACAGUGUUUUAGCAUCACCACCAAGCUGGAGCGAGCUCUGGAGAAGGUGGCGCCGCUGCUGAGGGAAAUCUUUGUGGACUUUGCGCCCUUCCUGUCCCGCACGCUGCUGGGUAGUCAUGGGCAGGAGUUGCUCAUUGAAGGUCUGGUGUGUAUGAAGUCCAGCACGUCGGUGGUGGAGCUCGUCAUGCUGCUCUGCUCUCAGGAAUGGCAGAAUUCCAUCCAGAAGAAUGCAGGACUGGCUUUCAUUGAGCUCAUCAAUGAAGGAAGACUGCUGUGUCACGCCAUGAAGGAUCACAUCGUGCGCGUAGCCAACGAAGCAGAGUUCAUCUUGAACCGCCAGCGAGCCGAAGAUGUGCACAAGCAUGCCGAGUUUGAGUCGAACUGCGCCCAGUACGCGGGCGACCGUCGCGAGGAGGAGAAGAUGUGCGACCACCUGAUCAGCGCUGCCAAGCACCGAGACCACGUGACAGCCAACCAGCUCAAGCAGAAGAUCCUCAACAUUCUGACCAAUAAGCACGGAGCCUGGGGCACCAUGUCGCAGAGCCAAUUGCACGACUUCUGGCGUCUGGACUACUGGGAGGACGACCUGCGCAGGAGGAGGAGAUUCGUGAGAAAUGCCUUCGGGUCCACGCACGCCGACGUGGCGCUCAAAUGUCUCGAUGACUACGGCACGGAGGAAGAAGAGGAGGGCGUCAAGUCAAAGAAGACCUUCCGUAGCCACUCGGUGGUGGCGCAGAACCCAGAGGCCGAGUUGAUGCUGGAGGGCGACGACGACGCCGUCAGCCUGCUGCAGGAAAAAGAGAUCGACAACCUCGCGGGCCCUGUGGUGCUGAGCACGCCGGCGCAGCUAGUAGCGCCGGUGGUGGUGGCCCGCGGCACGCUCUCCAUCACCACCACCGAGAUCUACUUUGAGGUGGACGAGGAUGACCCUGCCUUCAAGAAGUCUGACGCUAAGGUGCUGGCCUACUCGGAGGGUCUGCACGGCAAGUGGAUGUUCAGCGAGAUCCGAGCUGUGUUCUCCAGACGCUACCUGCUGCACAACACGGGUCUGGAGGUUUUCAUGGCCAACAGAACCUCGGUGAUGUUCAACUUCCCCGACCAGGCCACGGUCAAGAGGGUGGUCUACAGUCUCCCGCGGGUGGGCGUCGGAACCAGCUAUGGUCUGCCUCAGGCCAGACGGAUCUCGCUGGCCACGCCGCGUCAGCUCUUCAAGUCUUCCAACAUGACGCAGCGUUGGCAGCGCAGGGAGAUCUCCAAUUUUGAGUACUUGAUGUUCCUCAACACCAUCGCAGGGAGGACGUACAACGACCUGAACCAGUACCCCGUCUUCCCCUGGGUGCUGACCAACUACGACUCGGAGGAGCUGGAUCUCACGUUGCCUGGCAACUUCCGGGACCUUUCCAAGCCCAUCGGUGCUUUGAACCCUAAGCGAGCUGCGUUCUACGCCGAGCGCUACGAGACGUGGGAGGACGACAGCGCGCCGCCCGACCACUACGCCACCCUCUACUCCACGGCGCACUCCACCCUCAUGUGGAUGCUCAGAAUAGAGCCCUUCACCACCUUCUUCCUCAACGCCAACGACGGCAAGUUCGACCACGCAGACCGAUCUUUUUCGGGCAUCGGUCGCUCGUGGAGGAACUGCCAGCGGGACACGGCGGACGUGACUGAGCUGAUCCCGGAGUUUUACUACCUGCCGGAGAUGUUCGUCAACAGCAACGAGUACGAGCUGGGCGUGCGCGACGACGGCUUGCCGGUCUGCGACGUGGAGUUGCCCGUCUGGGCCAAAAAGCCCGAAGACUUUGUGCGCAUCAACCGCAUGGCGCUGGAAAGCGAGUUCGUGUCGUGCCAGCUGCACCAGUGGAUCGACCUGAUCUUCGGAUACAAGCAACGGGGCCCCGAGGCUGUGCGGGCGCUCAACGUCUUCAACUUCCUGUCCUACGAGGGCGGCAUCAACCUGGACAACCUGGACGCGGCGCAGCGGGAGGUGAUGGAGGCGCAGAUUCAGGCGUGCGGGCAGAUCCCAUCGCAGCUGCUCAUCGAGCCGCACCCGCCCCGAUCCUCCGCCAUGCAUCUGUGUUUCCUUCCUCAGAGUCCUCUGAUGUUUAAGGAUCAGAUGCAGCAGGACGUGAUCAUGGUGCUCAAGUUCCCGUCCAACUCUCCCGUCACGCACGUGGCCGCCAACACGCUGCCUCACCUUAGCAUCCCCGCCGCCGUCACCGUCACAUGCAGCCGCCUCUUCGCCGUCAACCGCUGGCACAACACCGUCGGUUUGCGAGGUGCACCGGGAUAUUCCCUGGAGCAGGCUCACCACCUUCCCAUCGAGAUGGACCCUCUCAUAGCCAACAACUCUGGUACCAACAAGCGUCAGAUCACUGACCUGGUGGACCAGAGCAUCCAGAUCAACACGCACUGUUUCGUGGUGACGGCCGACAACCGCUACAUCCUGGUGUGCGGCUUCUGGGACAAGAGCUUCCGGGUUUACUCCACUGAAACCGGGAAGCUGACCCAGAUCGUUUUUGGCCACUGGGACGUGGUGACGUGUCUGGCCCGCUCUGAGUCCUACAUCGGAGGAGACUGCUACAUCGUGUCGGGCUCCAGAGACGCCACUCUUCUUCUGUGGUACUGGAGCGGGCGGCAUCACAUCAUUGGGGACAACCCCAACAACAGUGACUAUCCCGCCCCCCGAGCCGUCCUGACGGGACACGACCACGAGGUGGUGUGCGUGUCCGUCUGUGCUGAGCUGGGAUUAGUCAUUAGCGGGGCCAAAGAGGGUCCGUGCCUGGUGCACACCAUCACGGGCGACCUCCUGAGGGCCCUGGAGGGUCCCGAUCUGUGCCAGCAGCCUCGUCUGAUCUCAGUGUCCAGCGAGGGCCACUGCAUCAUCUACUAUGAGCGAGGACGCUUCUGUAACUUCAGCAUCAACGGCAAGCUGCUGGCUGAGAUGGAAGUCAACGAUUCCACGCGGGCCAUCCUGCUGAGCAGCGACGGGCAGAACCUGGUGACGGGCGGCGACAACGGCGUGGUGGAGGUGUGGCAGGCCUGCGACUUCAAGCAGCUCUACAUCUACCCGGGAUGCGACGCCGGCAUCCGCGCCAUGGACCUGUCGCACGACCAGAGGACGCUAAUUACCGGUAUGGCGUCCGGCAGCAUCGUGGCGUUCAACAUCGACUUCAACCGCUGGCACUACGAGCAUCAGAACCGCUACUGAGGCCGCGGGAAAACAACUUUCCAGGUACACAAGAAGACGACUUGAGGUUCUCUUUCCUUUGACGGGACUGUGUGUACUCUCACACACAAACACACACGCAUAUAAACAUAUACACACACACACGCACUCGCACCCGGCCCAAAGACGACACUCAACAGAGUGCGGAUUGGUCGCCAGUGUUGGCGGGUCACGUUUUGGGUUUUGGGUUUUCGGGGUUCCGCUUUAACGCUUCAGUGAGCCGGACAGUCUUUGCGGAGAUGAUCUGCGCGGGCUCAUUUCAGUUCCUUUUACGUAGGGAUUUUUAUUCUUUUACUUUGGUGUAAAUACGCCUCGGCCUCUCUUUUUUUUUUGCGGGUUUCUGACCUUUAAUUUAUUGCUGUAUGUAACAUAGUGUGGAAUAACAAUAACGGCAACCAUGACGAUGAUGGUAAGAAGGUCGAGGAUGGUGAUCAUUUUUUUGCCGGAGAUGUUACCGUCCAGGUUGAAGAACCCCCAACCUCCCCACCACCCCCCGCCCAUAAAACCAACUUCCCAUAUGUUUAUGAUUAUUUCUUUUUUUUUUUUGUUUGUUUGUUUUUUUCCUACAUUUGGUGAUCAUCAUGUCAAAUAUGUACAUAAAAUGUCUCACUUUUCCCGGCCCGUUUGGACACGAAAAGCAGCCCACGUGCUCAUAUUAUUUAAAAAGAAACCAAGUUUUUUUUGUUUUGUUUUGUUUUGUUUUUGUAUUUGCACUUUGCACCAAUCACACGCCAUUAUUUAUGAUUAGGCUUUGUUUCUUAUUGGGGGGCUUCAAUUGUUAUGAUUGCGAUUAUUAUUAUGAUGGGCCAGGUUCUUUUGGUUCCUUCUCGUCCGGGGCCGGGAUGAAUUCUUUGUGCAUCGAUGUUUGUAUUUAAACGCUCACGUGUGAAGAUUUUACAGCAAUAUGAUGACGAGCGUGCACACGCACGUAACUCUAGCCACACACACACAUACACACACACACACACACACACAUCCAAAAACCAACAAAUAAAGAAGAAAAAAAAGGUGAAAUAUUUUUGGAUCUAUGAAACCCUUAAAAACUAUUGUAUUCAUGUUUUAUUGCAAAGAUGUAAAAUAUGACAUGUGAGUUGGACAAAAAAAUCAUGAUAAGAAAAAUAAAUUAUGCAAAGAAUUUGA